CUUGGCGCUGUAUGUGGAUCAGCUGACGGAUGUGACGUUUCUCACAUCAGGUCGUCAUCGCGGAAGUGUAGCUGCUGGCUGCUAGUGAGAAUUAUGCUCUGAUUCUGGGGAUGUGCUCCAGCUGAAUGUAGUUAUGCCGAGUGGCGUGGACUACAGCGAGUUGGAAGGGAGUCUUCCAGCCAUUGCUUCUUUGAAUGCCUCGUAUUCCCAAGCGUCUCUCUCCCUUCCCUCGCCUAAAUACCCCCUGCUGCCCCCCGGAGAGAGGAAAGCCUUCUCAGACGUACGCAGAACAUUCUGCCUCUUCGUCACAUUUGACCUCCUCUUCAUCGCUCUGCUCUGGAUCAUUGAAUUAAAUAUGGGUAAGGAUAUACGGAGCAGUCUUGAGAAUGAGGUUGUUAAAUACAACUUUAAUUCAUCUUUCUUUGAUAUCUUUCUUUUAGCUGUGUUUAGGUUUCUGUGUUUGCAGCUUGGUUAUGCUGCAUUUCGAUUGAGACACUGGUGGGUUAUCGCGAUCACUACUCUGGUGACCAGUGCCUUCCUCAUUGCCAAAGUUAUCUGGUCAGAUUUGUUCAGUCAGAAUGCUUUUGGCUACGUUCUUCCCAUCACCUCUUUUGUGGUGGCAUGGUUGGAAACCUGGUUCCUGGAUUUCAAAGUUCUCACACAGGAAGCGGAGGAUGAAAGAGUGUAUCUGGCAGCAGUUAAUGCCGCGUGUGAGCCGGCUCCUCUGAUCUUUCCUAGACCCAUGUCUGAUGGACAGUUUUACUCUCCGCCAGAGUCCCUGGCAGGUUCAGAUGAGGAGUUUGAUGAAGGUCUCAGCAGGAAAGAAUUAACAGAACAAGACAAGCAGUUUAUACGACAGGGACGGGAGGCCAUGGCAGUGGUGGAACAAAUAUUGACACAAGAGGAAAACUGGAAGUUUGAGAAGACUAAUGAGAUGGGCGAUGCAGUAUAUACACUUGAAAUCCCGUUCCACGGGAAAACAUUUAUUUUAAAGGCACUCUUGCAGUGUAAAGCAGAGGUGGUGAAUAAGGAGGUCAUUUUACAGCCGGAGAAGAUGGUGCAGUGGAACAGAACAGUGUCUGUUUGUCAGAUUUUACAGAGAGUGGAUGAAAACACAAUGGUGUCUUAUGAUGUUUCUGCAGGAGCCGCAGGAGGUGUCGUGUCUCCCAGGGACUUUGUGAACGUUCGUCGGGUGGAGUGCAGGCGAGACUGCUACAUCUCUGCAGGAAUGGCCACCAGUCACAGCAGCAAACCCCCUCACAGUCGCUACGUCAGAGGGGAAAAUGGUCCUGGUGGAUUUGUGGUGUUGAAAUCUAGCAGUAAUCCUUCAGUUUGCACCUUCAUCUGGGUCCUCAAUACAGACCUUAAGGGUCACCUGCCACGUUACCUCAUCCACCAGUCACUGGCCGCCACCAUGUUCGAGUUUAUGUCUCAUCUCAGGCAGCAUAUUAAUGAAGUCCACAUCCCACGUCGGUGAUCUCUGGCUUUGACUCUUUAUCCAGGCACAGUUUACAUUGUGAUAACUUUAUAUUUGACUGUGCCAUAUUCAUACUACAACUGUCAAGAGGAGAUACACCAUUGAGUUUGACUGGCGGGAGGUUGUCACUAGGAAAGUUUGGCUGCACUUUACACUGAAGUUUAAUUUUAUAUAAAUGUACUACUGCAGCGCUUGGACAUGAGGUCAUAACUCAUACUGUCAAACCCAACAAGAGCUGGAAACAUGCACAGGAAGUUAUCAGAGAGCAGCUUGUGCUGUAUAAGAGGUCAGGGGAAAAUUGAUUGUGCCUAAAACCACUGUUGUGCCCUUGUGAACAAAACUGAAGUCUAGGACUAUUUAUGUGCCAAAUAUGCUGUGGUUUCUCAUUCUGCUUUUACUUAUGCCUUUAUCAAACAUGCAAACACAUUCCUACUAAUUGUAAUUAUUGUUUUAGAUCUUAUUAUGGUUUGCAAUUGGCUCUUGUGGCCAAACAUUGCUGUAUUAGAUUAUUAAAAGUAAAUGCAUAAAUCUGUAGCAUAGAUCAGCAUCCUGCCAUGUAUAUGAUAAUUUGUCUAAUAAUGUAAAUGAUUAAGAGUUUGAUUAUACAGUUAUGUCUUAAAUCAACAUAUCCGGGCAACUACGGCCAGAGUAUUUGUAUAAAAUAUGCUGCAACACAACUUUUGUGCUUGAAUUUAUUCUAUAAAAACUGGUUCAGAGCAGCUCAAAAUCCAUAUGAAUAUAAUGGGCCUUUUUUUUAGAUGCAUGCUUUUAUUUCUAUCCUUUCUUUAUUGCAUGUCAGUUUGCUUUUCUCACAGAGCAUUACUGUCCAAGUUUGUUUGAUUAUACACUCAUGUUUACCAUAUUCAUACAGGGCAUAGAAAUGUAUAAACUGGAAACGAAGGCAUAGUCACUAGUUGUUUGAUAAGCAUCGUCUAAUAGAAAUGUGAAUGUGUCCUACAUUUAAUAGUUGGCUUAAAAAGCAAGCUUAAUGGUUUUAACAGAGAGGAAAAAAAAAAACACUUUUACAGGGUAUUGUGCUUCCUUUUAAGGGACACGGCACAUGUUGUAGUUGGUUGAUCAGUGCUAUCCUUAAUAAUGUUUUUAUAAUCUUUUUAAAAUCCUGUUCUGUACUUUGUUUUGCAGCCUUUCUUGGCUUGUACUU